GAGCCAAGAGUUAGGUAUUGCAUUGGCGCCGACAAGGUAACGGACGUUUGGUGUUCCGUGAGGCAGUGUUCAUUGUACAAUACGAAGUAAAGUCUUUAAAUCUGAUGAUGUUGUCUUAAUGGCAACUGAAAAAGCUGAAGUUAGUUUUGUAGGCAUGUGUCUGAAGAUUAGGAGCAUGAGAAGCUAAGCUUCGAAAUCCAAGUUCACUGCUACAUGCACAUCAUACUUGAAUCGAAGAUCAGAUGGAAAAAUCAGCCCCGAUCUUCAGAGGUUGCUACGACAACCACCACUUCUGCCUUGCAAUUCUCUUCUCCUUUCUCUUCUGCUCUUUAUUCCUAUCAUUUCGUGCUCCCAAUAAGGCACUCACAUUCAAACACCUGAACCCAUCCACCACCACGAAUCCCUGCUUUGGCCGCUAUGUUUAUAUCCACCAACUCCCUUCUCGCUUCAACGAUGACUUGCUUCACAAUUGCCACACCCUUACCAGAGGCACUGAUAAACCCAACAUGUGCCCGUAUAUGCAAAACAUGGGCUUGGGUCCUCAGAUUCUUACCUCUCAAGGGGUUUUAACCAACAACACUUGGUAUGCCACCAACCAAUUCUUGCUGGAGGUCAUUUUUCAUAACAGGAUGAGCAAAUAUGCCUGCUUGACCAACGAUUCCUCCGUCGCCUCUGCAAUCUUUGUCCCCUUUUAUGCCGGUCUUGACGUUAGCCGUUUCCUUUGGCUCUCUGAUCUCACUGACAGAGAUUCCUCCGGUCGAGAUCUUCUUCAAUGGCUUGCAAACAGACCCGAGUGGAAGAAAAUGUGGGGCAGAGACCAUUUCCUUAUUUCUGGGAGGAUUGCUUGGGAUUUCAGGAGACAGCGCGACGAGGAGUCCUAUUGGGGUAGCAAGUUCAGAUUUCUUCCUGAAUCCAUGAACAUGUCCAUGUUAGCAGUCGAAGCUAGUUCGUGGAAUAACGACCAUGCAAUACCCUACCCAACUUCUUUCCAUCCCUCGGAUGACACUCAAGUUCUGCAAUGGCAGAGAAAAAUCAGACAUCAAAAGCGGCCGUAUUUGUUUACUUUCACCGGAGCUCCAAGGCCAGAGCUUGAAGGUUCUAUCAGGGGUAAGAUCAUAGACCAGUGUCGAGCUUCGAGUGCCUGCAAAUUCGUUGACUGCAGCUAUGGUGUGGAGAGAUGUGACGACCCUGUCAAUGUUAUAAAGGUGUUUCGAAGUUCUGUGUUCUGUUUGCAGCCUCCCGGUGACUCGUACACCAGAAGGUCCAUUUUUGAUUCUAUGUUGGCCGGUUGUAUUCCCGUUUUCUUUCAUCCGGGCACUGCUUAUUCACAGUACAAGUGGCAUUUGCCCAGGAACAGAACAGGGUACUCUGUAUAUAUACCAGUGAAGGAUGUAAAACAAUGGAAUACCAGUGUGGAAGAGGUGUUGCUGGGAAUUUCAGAGAGUGAGGUCUUAGCAAUGAGGGAGGAGGUUAUAAAGGUGAUUCCAAAUAUCAUUUAUGCGGAUCCCAGGUCUAAGUUAGAUUUCUUCGAAGACGCGUUUGAUUUAGCAGUAAAAGGAAUGCUCGAAAGAAUAGAGAAGGUGAGGGAGGCGAUAAGGAGAGGGAGAGAUCCCAGCAUUGGUUUUGCAGACGAAGACCAUUAUAAGUAUACAUUUUCACAAAGUUACAGCUAAAUGAAGACAUGUAUUACGUGAAAUACCGUUUCAUGAUAUCAGUAAUGCCGGAAAGAUAAAAAUUUUGUUUUUGGUUGCUCUGGUUUUUCUUAUUUGUCCAUGAAGCUUGCUUCUUGACUUGGAAAGAAGGAAGAAGAAAGAGAGGCAACAAAAGUAGUUGUACGGUUUAAUGCCACCAAGAAACCAUAUAGCAGUGAAAACAUUUUUAUCAUUGGUUUGUUACUCAUAAACUUACAAGUAAAAAUAUCCAUUCUACAAUAAGAACAUAAGCACAUGUACGGGUUGUAACAUUUUAACCAUCUUUAUGAGUUACGGUGUCUGCUCUGAAACGAGUGUCUGCCGACAGUGAGGUUUCCAUGUGAGUGGUGGUGUUGAAAGAAACGGGCAUGGGCAUUGGCAUGGCAUGGGAUGCAUGUGAAUGAGUGACAGUGAUAAAAGAUGGGAGCAUUGAAGGGGUAGACCCUGACUCCCCUGUUAUCGCCUGCAAUUAAGGCCCGUUACACGACUCUCACUAAAGCUACCAUUAAGGCCUCUUAUUCUCAAAAGGGUCACGCAUUCCGAUUUCUUUUUCCAACACAGUUUCAUGGAGUCAAACUUAUCUUUUUUACCUUCUUUUUCUCAAUCAAUCUGUUUCUUCGUACUAAUCAAAAGCGAUCAAAAUUAAUAAAACGUGUUUUAACUUUCAAUAGAAAUUCUUUAAUUUCGCUUUCGACUUUUA